GAAGCUGUUGUCUCGUCAAAUAAAUAUAAAAAGUAUUUAUCUGCAAGUAAACUUAACUUCUAUUUGUUUCAAUUGAUAUUAUAAUUAUAUCGUCGAUGUAUUCGGUACAUGUGACAGCGGAGAGAAGAAAGUCAACAGUUUCUGUUACGUCAGCGCAACCGAGUACUUCAAAAUGCCGUGAUAGUGAAGUUUUAUUUAACGUUAGACGUAAAUCUAUUCCUGUACGAAUUAUUAAUUACGUUAAAGAAAAAUUUCAUUCCCAAGAUACAGCUGAGGACGAUGAGCUUGAGGAUGUCACGGACGUUUUAGGAACAUCUGGAGCCGCUAGUAUUCCAUUAGGUCGCCAUUGCCCGGAGCAAUUGGCAACGCUUGCGGCAACGACACGAUUUACUCGCAAGGAAAUACAAUUAAUUUACCGGGGGUUUAAACAGGAGUGUCCUACUGGUCUUGUUGAUGAGCAAGGAUUCAAGCAAAUUUUUUCACAAUUUUUUCCACAGGGUGACGCCAGUCAGUAUGCUCACUACGUAUUCAAUACAAUGAAGCGAAAGCACGCGGGAAAAAUAAGUUUCGAGGAAUUUUUGGCGAUACUCUCAAAAGUAUCACGUGGGUCAGUCGAAGAAAAGCUUCAAUGGGUAUUCGGACUUUACGACCUCGACGGCGACGGAUUGAUCAGCAAAGAAGAAAUGCUCGACGUCGUCGGGUCCAUUUACGAAAUGCUCGGGCGUUACACGCAGCCGCAGAUUCUCGAGCCGCAGCUGGCUGCCAAAGAACACGUCGAGCGAAUUUUCCAUCUAAUGGACGCCAACAAAGACGGAGUUGUAACAAUUGAGGAAUUAGUGCAGUGGUGUUCAAAAGAUGAACAAUUACUUCAAAGUCUCGAUACACUCGACACCGUAUUAUGAAAUUUCUAAUUAUCAUCACCAUAUUUCAGUAUUAAAAAUCUAUAUCAAUAAAAAAUUUUUUUUAUACUUUUUUUUAAAUAAAUUUUUUUUAGUACCAAAAGGCGAAAAUAAUUUUUCAAAAAUGACAUCUUAAGACUUAUCGCGACUAUUCACCCGCGGGCACAAUAAUUUUAUUUAAAUUUUCCUGGGUUACGUCUAAAUAUCAGUCAUAAUAUCGGUAGCUAUCAAAAAAAUUUAUAUGGGAAUCCACAUGGGUUACUAUGGAAAUCCGAACCAUGCCAUAUCCAUAUGGGAUUCUAGUAUAGAUUCUCAUGUGGGUUUUAAUGAAAAUUUCCCAUGGGGAUGUGAAUGAUGCCAAAAUUCAUAUGGAAAAUUUUUUAUAGAUUAGGAAUUGAGAAAAUUAUAUUUCCUAUAUGGAAAUCCAGGUACCCACAGUUUCCCAUAUGAAUUUCCCAUAUGAGAAUCCAGAUACAGUCGAACUCCAUUAAUUCGGAUUCCAUUAUCUCGGAACUUCCCCUCAAUCUUGACCCCCACUACGAGCUACGCUGUCUCCCACCCGAUAUACAUUUGUAUGUCUCUGUCUAUAUUUAUCUAUAAAUUAUCCAUGUAGAUGUAAGAGCGCAUGCGUGAUAGUUUCCUUUUAAGGAAGAAGGGGCAUCCGUUAACCCUUCAGCACCCGCGUUAGAACAACGUAAAACAUUACCCGCGUGAUGAGAAAAAGUCUCUCACGCUUCGGCGCAUCGUAAAUUUUAAGUCAAAUAAAACAAAAAUAUUAUGCACUUUCCCGAUUAUGACGUAAUUAUAAUUUAUUUGAAUAUUUCGCUUGUUUUUAUUUUUAAAUUUUCUAUAAUGUACUUGUUUUUUACUUUUUAAUUUUGUAAGUAAUGACAGACUUAACGGCUGAAAAAAACGCCGGUGAUUGCCGAAAAGAUUCGGAACUGCCCGAACUGAGCCAAACCGUAUUAAUUUUUAUGCCUUACUUUACUCGCGUGAUGAAAAAAAGUCUCAUUGCUUUUUAAAAUAAAUUUUUUAAAAAUAUUUUUUAUGUUCGAAAUAAUUUUUAAAUUUCAAAAUCAUAAAAAGCAUAAAAUUUCAUUAAGACUGUACCCGCAGUUUCCUACAUGAAUUCUUAUAUAAAUCCAUACUUUCCUACAGGAAUUUCUAUGAGGUUCCAUGCAAUGCUAUGAAUUUUUUUGAUGCGACAGACAAAAUAUCAGAUAAAAAAAUAUCUCAUACUAAAAUAUCACACGUGAAAUAUUCUAGGCAUAAAAUAUCGAUAUGUACAAAAUUUUGAUGAUUUUUUUUACGCAUAAUAUUGAAACGCUGGGAAAUUUGGACACAUAUUUUGACAGCAGAUAAGUAGACCUACUGAUAUUUUUUCGUGAUAUUUAGUCGCGACGCCUUUUCCUGACGUUUAUGACCCUGCGGUUAUUUUGUCCGCGGGUAAAAUGUCGCGGAAUUGAUCUUAUUUAUCAACUUAAUGUCUUAUCUUUAAUGUUUAACUUAAUCGAAUCUAUAUCUGAAAGCCUGUAUGUCUUCUUUGAAUUUUAAAUCUUACAGGUAAAUCUUUAAAGUCUUUAUUCUUUGGCUGUUUAAAAAAAUAUAUAACGCAAAGUGCCACUUGUCAAAAAAUAAAUUAUUUAUUCUGAUAAAUAAUUUUUUUUUUAAAUAUCAGACUAUAUAUAUAUAUUUAUAUAUAUAAUUACACGCUACAGUAAUUGCGAUGUGUCAAAAAAUUAAAUAGCACAAUUUUAAAUUGACAUUUUACUGAAUUACAUUGAAAAAAAAUAAUUUAUUUUUCUCAGUGUAGUAAAAAAAAAAAUCGGGAAAUGUGGAAUUUUAGUGAGAACUCAAUUUUUUUUUGGAUUCGUCAUGAUUUUUUUUUGGGAGAAGUAUAAAAUUUUUUAAAAUUUUGAAUUAAUUUGUGACCUAAUUUCGCUCCACUUUUCCUAUGAUUAAAAAAUAAAGAAAAAGAAAAAAAAACUGUACCCCAGUGUCUUUCAAAAAUGCCAAGUACUUGGCACACGUUCAUUAUAAAAAAAAAAAAAUUAUAAAGAAGUCGAAUUAGUGCAGUAGGAAAAAAAAAUUACUAAUUUUU